UCCCAUCAUUCUCUGGGAUCACAGCUGUAGAUGUGAGUGGGAGGCUGAACACAUUCACACCGACAGAGACAGUUUCAUGAUGCUUAUGCUCGUGGUUUUUGCUGCUAGUUUAGGGGUGGUCGCGCUGAUUUUAAGGUUGUUUUCUCCUCAAAUCAGAAAAUAUGCAGCAGGAGGAGCGUGUCGAUCCACAGCACGGUUAGAUGGAAAAGUUGCCUUGAUCACAGGAGCAAACUCAGGAAUCGGGAAGGAAACAGCUUUGGAUUUGGUCUCUCGAGGUGCACGUGUGAUUCUGGCGUGUCGUGAUGUGGAGAAGGGCGAAGAGACGGCGACAGAGAUCCGUACACGAGUGGGUGGAGCUAAAGUGGAGGUGAGGGAGCUGGACCUGGCCGACACCUGCUCCAUCCGAGCCUUCGCUCAGAGAUUCCUGCGAGAGGUUGAUCACCUGCACAUACUCAUCAAUAAUGCCGGUAUCAUGAUGUGUCCUUAUAUGAAGACAGUCGAUGGCUUUGAGAUGCAUAUUGGGGUCAAUCAUUUGGGCCACUUCCUGCUCACAUACCUCCUCAUUGGUCUGCUAAAGCGUAGCGCUCCUUCACGAAUCGUGGUCGUUUCUUCACUGGCACAUAAUUUCGGCUGGAUUCGAUUCCAUGACCUGCACAGCCAGGGCAGCUACAACAGUGGCCUUGCUUACUGCCAGAGCAAGCUGGCUAACGUGCUUUUCACACGCGAGCUAGCGCGCAGGCUCCAGGGGUCAAACGUGACAGUGAACUCUGUGCACCCGGGAACGGUGAGGUCAGAGCUGGUGCGUCACUCUACUGCGAUGUCUCUGCUGUUUGCUGUCUUCUCCAUGUUCCUGAAGACCCCAAAGGAAGGAGCUCAGACGUCUGCCUACUGCGCCGUAGCUGAGGAGCUCCAGUCAAUCUCAGGCAAACAUUUCAGUGAUUGUGCCCCUGCUUUUGUGGCCCCUCAGGGACGGAAUGAGGAGACGGCACAGAAACUGUGGGAUGUAAGCUGUGAAUUACUAGGGAUUGAGUGGGACUGAAACAUUCAUUUGACCUGCUUUAUUUCUUUAUUGUUUUUUUCCACACUUCUAUAUUUUCAGUAAUUAGACUUCUUUUGUCUUGUUUGGUUUUGUUUAAUACAUUUGUGUACAUUUUCUCAAAUCCACGCUAGCACAACCCACCUUGUUCUUUCUGCCAGUUUUCUUCUAUCAUGCCCUUAUGACAUGCAAGUAUGAGUUUCUUUGACUCUAGAACAAAUCUGUGAAGAAUUUUAAAUUCACCGUUUUAUUCUGUUGGUAUUUUGAACGCUGCUUUAACUCCUAUCUCAGUAUUGUCACAUGAAUCUGCAUAUUUGAAGUCUUUUAUACAGAUGUGCUUUUAACUACUGUGGUACAUUCAUGACCAGAGAUGAAUAUUUAAAUAUA